ACGGGGUCGCGGCGGCGCGGCUCGGUGCCGCCGCUCUGCCACCAGCUCCGCGAAGCGGCGGGGAUAAAAGCAGGAAGCGCGAGAGGACGCCAUGGCUGAGAAAUUUGCCAAGGACAUGUCUUUAUAUAAACAAGAUGUGUCCCCAACCAUCACCAGCACAAUACUAACUUCAGAAGAUGCCAAAGAGCAACUCUUACAAGAGUGUGAAGAAAUAUGGAAACAGAUGGAAGAGUGUCAGAACAAAUUAACACUUCAGGAGAGAGAAACGCUUCCAGUUUCAGAUCCCAAGCUUUCAUUGUUGCUGAUGCGUUUGAAGGCUCUCACAGUGGAAUUGAACCAAUGGCAGAAAAGAAAACCAGAAAUAAUGACUACAAAUCCAGAUGUUCUGGUAGCAGUAGGAAGAGACCAGCUGCAGAAAUUAGACCAUGAUCUUCAAAUGGUGCUAUCAACACUUAAUGCAAAAAACAAAAACCUGAAACAGAACUUACUAAGGGAACAGCGGUGGCUGGAGGAACAGCAACAGUUAAUAGACUGUCUCAACCAAACUGAGGAAGAAAUUAGCACUCAAGUUGUACAGUUUUCUGAGAAAAGAGCCUUUCAAGAAUUGAAAAGUAAAAUGCUAAAAAUAAAAGCCUACAAAGAUGAGAUUUCGAAUGCUCUGGGGGAAUUCCUUGAAGAACAUUUUCCUCUCCCUGAGAAUCAUGGAGCUGCAAAAAAGAAACGACUUUUGCCUAAAGAGCCAAAUGUACAGCUAAUAACAUUACAUGAAAUUUUAGAGAGCCUGAUUGACAGACUCAUAAAUGUACCACAUGAUCCAUAUAUAACUAUCAGCUCUUCGUUUUGGUCACCUUAUAUUGAACUUCUGCUGCGACAUGGAAUUGCAUUAAGACAUCCUGAGGAUCCAAACAGAAUUCGUCUAGAAAACUUUUAUCAAUAGCAAGAUGUAUUAAAACAAAGCUAUCACCUGAUUUGUAGAAUAAAGUUAAUAAGUGGAGGAAUAAAUGUUUUUCUCUGCUGAGAAUACCAUAUUAAUUACUGAUGUUUCAUGUCUUUCAUGCGGGUUCUUUAACAUUUCUGCAAAAAAGGAUCUAAAAAACUAUUUUUAGUGUAAGAUUAUGACCAUUCCUUCUAAGCUUACCUUUAGUAUUAUUAGUAAAUGAUGUUUUUAAUAAUUCUUUUCUUAAUUUGUAUUCACUUUUUAUUUAUUUUUAUAACUAAGAAAAGCAAUGCAAUUAACACAAUAACAACAACUAUGACUAAAUAUCACUGAUCAAACAACGCAUCAACAUCAGAGCUACCUUCUCCAGGACCAAUUUAAUAAUAAUUAUGAAGCCUGUUCAGAUUGGUAAAAUGAGAGAUCUGCUCAAA